AUGGCAGCAAUGCUGUUACGCUGUCCAGUGCAUCUACAUAUUCAUAUCUUUGGGCUGAAGCUCAACUGUGAUGUCGUAGACUUGGCCCUGCUGAGCCAGGGCUUUUCUAAAGAUGGAAGGCCAUCAGAGCCUGAUGUCUGUAACCAUGGUGACGGUCCACAUGUUACUGAGUGUCUCGUUCCUUCCAGCAAGCUGCAGCUCAGCUGGACUUUAGUCAGGAACUUUCUCUUAAAGCUGAUUUUGUUCCUCAUUAAUUUCUCUGCUUUUGCAGAUGUUUGGGCUGCUGCUGAUUAUUGUGGUAGUCAGAAACCAGCAUUCAAAAUCACUACACCAAAUAUGAUGGAAGCUCUGAAUGGAUCAUGUUUGCUAAUUCCAUGUAGCAUUACAUCUACUGCAGUUGUCUUCAGCAAACAAAGCUCUGGAUUUUGGAUUAAAUGUGAUAGUAAUAUUUACAGCAGCAGUAAUUCAGUGAAAUCAUUUCCAGUAACAAUCACUGGAAACCUGACUCAGAGUGACUGCACCACUGUGUUUUCUGACCUAAACACGAGUCAUUCAGUUGCGUACUUCUUCAGAAUUGACAGCUCAUCUAGCCAAGGUGCAGGUACAGCUUGUGCAGAUCCUCUACAAAUAACAGUUAAAGAUUCUCCUUGGAGACCCAAGAUUACCACCUCAGGAGGUCUGGAGGACCUGAAGGAGAAGGAGUCUGUCUCUAUAACCUGCUCAGCUCCGACUCCCUGUCCACUCUCACCUCCUGAACUCACCUGGAACCUCCAACCAGACUCUGGCAGACAAACACAGAAGAACCCAGAUGGAAUCUCUACAACUAAAAUCCAGGAGAACAUGACUCUGUCAGACACACAUGAUGGAUACAACAUCACAUGUUCCGUCUCAUACCCUGUGGAUGGAGGAAAACGUCUGAAUACAGAGACAGUGACUCUUCUUGUUUCCUAUGCUCCUAAAGACACCUCAGCAUCCAUCAGUCCAUCAGGUUUGGUGUCAGCAGGUAGCUGGGUGAAGCUGAGCUGCUCCAGCAGAGCCAAGCCUCCCGUCAGCAGCUUCAGCUGGUUCAGGAUCAGCUCAGAGGGACCCGUUCAAGUAUCUGAGGAGCAGCUUUACAGCUUCAACGUCUCUGAGGGAGGAGAGUUUUACUGUGUGGCUGCAAAUAAUCUGGGGAAUCAGACGUCAUCAUGGAUCCCUUUGAACAUAACAGUCUUAACUUGGCAGGUUUAUUCUGACAGCUCUCUCAUGUCUUCCAGCUGCUUAUGGAUCAAACAUCAAACUCAACGACAGACUCGGAGUGAGAUAUAUGAGGAGGCCGAUGCUCAAGCAGAACUCCAUUAUGGAGAUGUGACGUUUGUCAAGAGGAGACCUGAAGCUUCUCAGAGCAGCGUCUCAGAGCAAGACAGAGGACAGCAGGAAGAGACAGUGUACUCACAGGUCAAAGUGUCCUAACCAGAAAAACAAUCGACACAAGCUACUGCCGGUCUAGAGGAUUUCUACGCUCAAGAGAUGAAGAAAUAAUGUUUGUUGCGAGAUCAAAGCUAUUUAAUGUUCUUUAUCUGUCAAAUAUAAACAUGAAAAAGCUAUUUUACAUGAUUUUUAAAUCUAUUUUUAACCCUGAUUCUUUAUCUAUUGGUCAUUUUUCUAAUUUUGCUUUUAAGGAUGGCAUGAAAAGGGUUUUUGCUUUGCAGCAGUUUUAUUUAGACCUACAGCAGCUGUUUGAUCAGUUUCAUUUGUUCUGUUUGGUCCAAAAUUAAUAAACUGAAUUGAGGAUUAAUAAUCUGUUUAAUCUGUGCAUCACAAACCUUUGUUGUAGAACUGGAUCUAGGAUUUCUUUUCAUUUCAUUUUUUUAAAGGUGUGGUUGACUGAAAAAAAACAUUUUUAAAUGCUUUUUCUGAUUAUAAUCUGUCACUCUGAGUUUUUUAUCCAGGCUGAACAUGAAAAUAGUCUCCUACACCUAUCUCCUGCAUUAGCUUCUGAUAGAAAAUAGACUGUGCAACUCUAGGAUUUAAAAAUCCUCACAGAUCUACAUCACACUGUAAAUUAUCAUUGAUGGACUCACCCGUCUUGACUCACGAUGGAGAAGGCUGCUGUUGUUGUUUUAACGUCCAGAUGUAACGUAGUUUAAACUAACCAUUAGCAUUAACAUUUUCCCCUCACAGCAGAACUCCUCCAGACUUGUGUUAUUUGUAGAGAUAAAGCAUCA